AUGUCUACAACAUUAGGGGCCUUUGUCGCCGGCGGCAUUGCAGCAUGCGGAGCUGUAACUGCAACUCACCCUUUCGAAACAGUAAAGAUCCGCAUGCAAUUGCAAGGCGAACUCCAAGAGAAAGGACUUCAACCAAGACUAUAUAAAGGGCCUAUCCACGGUGUUACAACUAUUGUACGGAAUGAGGGUUUUGGGGGUAUAUAUCGAGGAAUCGGCGCUGCAUACAUUUACCAGAUGAUCCUAAAUGGAUGUAGGUUGGGAUUUUACGAACCUAUACGAGAGACUCUUACUGGCGCAAUAUUCGAUGAUUCAAAAACACAAAGUUUGGGAGUAAACAUCUUUUCGGGCGCAACGUCAGGAGUUCUGGGUGCUGCGGCGGGAAGUCCUUUCUUCCUGGUUAAGACAAGAUUGCAAAGUUUCUCACCACAAGCACCAGUAGGCACACAACAUGGUUACAAAAAUGCCAUGGAUGGAAUGAGAAAGAUUUAUACAACAGAGGGAGUAAAUGGACUUUACAGAGGAGUAGGAGCUGCCAUGGUCCGGACAGGUUUUGGAAGUUCUGUUCAGCUACCAACAUAUUUCUUUGCAAAGCGGAGACUUGUGAAGCACUUGGGAAUGGAGGAGGGGCCAGCAUUGCACCUUGCAAGUAGUACAGCUAGUGGUUUUGUGGUUUGUUGUGUCAUGCACCCACCAGAUACUAUCAUGUCGCGUAUGUACAAUCAAACCGGAAAUCUGUACUCGGGUAUUUUUGAUUGCCUAGCAAAGACCGUCAAGACUGAAGGUAUCUUCGCUAUCUACAAGGGUUUCUUGCCACAUCUUGCGAGAAUUUUACCUCACACCAUUUUGACCCUCAGUUUGGCGGAGCAAACCAACAAGCUUAUGCGAAAAUUCGAAAACCGAAUCCUUCCUGCUUCGAUAAAAGAGCAGGUAUAG